UUGUAAUAUAAUAAAAGUAUUAAUUCUACAUUAUAAGUGAUAUAAUUAUCAAACCUUUGUUUGUACUAAUUGAAAAUAUUGAGUUAUUGUGAAAAUUAGUAUUAAUAUAUAAUUAACAAAUGGAUAUAGGGAUUGGAAAAUAAGAUUAAGAUAAAAACUAGGGUGUGCCAAAUAGGGAUGUUCAUUAGUAACCACACCUCUUUAUUUAACAUUGACAUAAAAGCUACAGUAUGUGCCUCAUAGAAUUUCAGUUAUGCGCGUUUUUCUACAAAAUACACAUUCUGUUUAAAGUUCAUUGUAUUAAUUAUUUUUAUAAUUAAAUGAAAAAAAUUUGAAAUUUUCAAUGUUGAUACAUAUAUUUCAUUAUAUUUCUUUUAAUAUUUAAAUUAUGAAGAUAGUAAAUGAAUCAACAAUUGCAUCAACUUUAUUAUCAUCUUUGUCACCUUAUUCAUCUGAUGGAAAUUAUGUUGGAAGUGAAGUUGAAAAAUGGUUGGAAGAUAAAGUAGCAGGGUUUCGAAUUUGGCAACUUGCUGGCAUAAUUCUUUCUAUUCUACUUAGUAUAUUGAUUGGAUUUUGUUGUUGCAUCAGAUUCAGAGUACCACGAACUAAACAAGAAAUAGAAGCUGAUUAUAUUCGAAAAAAAAUAACAGACAAUUUUAGACAUGAGUUAUCUAAAAUCAGUAAUAUAGAAAUGAAUGAUAUGGAUUUGAAAAAAGCAUUAAGCAAAAUUCAAAAUAAAUUUGAUAUAGAAACUUAUGAAGUACAAAAGCUUCAUGAAGAAUUAACAUACAAAAAUAUGCAUAAAUUGCAUUCAAAAUUCAAUGGAAUAUUUAAUGGAAUUUAUUUUAAUAAACAAGAAUAUCCCAAUACUGGUAAUAUAAUUUAA